GAUAUACAUCCACAAAAAUCGUUUUGACAGCCUAACAUAUCAUAUUCAAUGUUCGGUUGUUCGAUCAUAUUUUAAUGUUCGAAUUUAAGUUAUAACAUGGAGAGGAAGUUCAUGCUCACAAUCAGUACCAUGCCACUCAUAGCCAAAAGUGCCAUCUCGUUACUCAUUUCACAGAUUCAGUACACUUUGCAGGUCAUCCUCUGCUGCAGCCUUUGGCUGAACACGAAAAACUUGUCGCCGAACAAAGUCCAGUUUUCACUAACGGAAAUGAUGCUGCUAAAUACGCAACAAUCGACUUAAAGUCAGACUCUAAAGGUUUUGGUUUCAACAUAGUCGGUGGGAAGGAUAGUCCGCAUAUACCCGGACACAACGGGAUUUUCGUUUCAAUCAUCAAACAAGGUGGACCCGCUUACAAUGAUGGUAGACUCUCUGUCGGUGAUCUUAUAUUGUCUGUGAGUGCCAUGUUUUUAUUUUAUUGUACUUUCCCAUAA